CAUGGCAACUGGUGUUGCAGGGCACGCUUUGUCAUCAGUGACAAAUUCUUGUGUAAAAUUACCAAGAAAUCCCAAAAGCAGACUUGCUGCUACUUUCACCGAAAGAGGGGGAUCGUUUAAGCCGACUGGUUCAAAGCAGGUGAAUGGCCGAAGCAGUAAACCGAGGAACACCGCUCCCGAUUAUGGGGCAUAUGACGACAGUGGAAAUGAAUACGAAGGUGAAGGGACAGGCUUUGUUGACAGCCGCGUUGUCGACAUGGUCGACAGAGUUGGUGCUGUUGAACAUCAAAGUGGUAGUCAGUUUUCUGCACCAACUGAUGAAAUGUUCGAGAAUAUCAGAAACAACAUCGAUACUCUUACUGAUGAGGAGUUUUACAGGAACUUGGUUGACAUGAAAAACGAACACAGGAAAACACUAUCAAGAUUGGAGGAUCUGUAUGACCAGCAAUUGUCACUAAACGAAAAUGAAAAUGAAUAUUUGUUAAGGACGGCUAUGACACAGGAGGAGCCACCAUUUACCAAGUCUGGUCCUGUUUAUAUUGGUGACCAUAAGCUACGCCACAUAGAUGAUGAAAUAGAACAGUUUGCAAAAAGUCAUGACUGGUCUACAAAGAAAGACAAUGUUAAAGACAUGUCAGCAAAGCCUCCCAUUGGCCGACCCAAAACAGCAUGGGCAGGUAAAGCCAGACGUAGUCUACGCCGCAGUGUGCCUUCAGAGUCUUGGAAUGACAUUACCUGGACAAGUGAAAGUGGUCACGAUACUAGUGGAUCAGAGUUGGAAAUGACAACAAGUACUCGUAGGUCCCGUUUGUCUGACUCGUCCUACUCUGCAAAUCAAGACAUGGUUGGGAAGAUGUGGGACGACUUUUCGGUGGAUGAGUAUGCCCCUCGAUCUCGAUCAAGAAGCAACUCAAGAGCGUCAUCAGUCAAAAGUACUGGAAGCAUAAAGAAUAAAGAAUGGUCUCCUAAGAUUACCAUCCCAAAGCCUUUCAAGAUGACACAACGAGAUGCAUCAAAGGAGAGAACCAAAUCCAAGGCCUGUUUAGAGUUGGAGCAUGAUCUUGCUGAGAAGGAGAAGGCUGUGGAAGCCGAGUGUCAAAAGCAGUUCAAGGCAACUCCAGCACCAGCGCACACCUUCAUGCCACUCUUUGAUGAGAUCAGAGAAAGGGAAAUUGAACGAAGCAGGAUGAACCAAGAGAACAGUAAAACAGUUCUACAGUCGCAGCAGAAGCCAUUCAAAUUCAUGAAACGCGAAGAGGAAAAAAAGAAACACCACAGGUCAAAAUCUCUGCCGCUAGCAGCAGCAGCCAAAGUGAAGAAGCCAAAGUUCAAGGCGAGAGAUGUCCCAAAGUCUGUAUUCGACCCGACUGUCAAUGACAGAAUGCUUGAGGAAGAAGAGUAUCGUAAAAUCAGAAUCAAGAUGCGAUCAGAGGAGAUGCUUCGCCAGUCUGCAUUACCUCCCAACAUGCAACUUCGGGGAAAAGAGUAUACAGAUGGUAAAAUGAGGCUGAAACUGUACAAGAACAGAGAGAAGAAAGCUUUCAUGACUACCGAGCACAAGUUUCGACCUCAGGUCAAUGGUGAUGUGCCCGACUAUGACCAACUGUACCGGCAAUUCCAAAGUGACGUCCAAAUGAAGAAGAGGGAGAAGGAGCCAACUGUGGUACAGCCUUUUAAUCUCCGCACAUCCCGCAUUCCAGCUAAGAUUGAUAAGAUCAGGGAGGAGUUGAAGAGGGAAGAAGAUGAUCGAAAGGAGAAGCUUCGGGGAUCAACCUCAAGAUCUCUAAGUCUGCGCAGCUCCCUUAAUAUCUCCGAGGACGCCAUCCCAGCAAAGACGACAACGGCCUCCAAAUUGAGGAUGAGUGUAACGGAAAAGAGUCUCAAAGCGAAAGCAGAGAAGGAGAGGGAAGCCAUUGAGAAGGAGAGACAGAAGAGAAUCAAAGAGCGGAAGCUGAAGCAGUUUGUCUCCAAGAAGGCCUUGGCCAAUGACUAUUCUGAGAGUCUGUCUGCCAGCAGUAAAACCAAGCUUCAUAAUUACAUCCAAGCAGGCCGUUCGAGACAAGAGGAAUAUGAUCAAGAGUUGAAGGAGAUGAUAGCAAGGGUGGAUUCUAGACCUCUACUCUUUGAGAGACAAUCACAGGUUGGCGCUAAGAAAACUGCUGAGCGAAAAUACCAACAGGCACUAAAAGAUGCAGGGCUGGAUGAGGAGUUUCUGGUACGCAAAGGCCGGGGUAGUACUCAAGCAUCCACCUCCUUGUACAACGACCCUGAAGAUAGCGACGACGACGAUAGUUAUCAGUAUGGUAAACAAGGUGACAGUAGGGAUUUCUCUGUGGGUAGUGGGGUUAGAUCAACACGGGGUGAUCCUAGUUACAACGAUGACUUUGAGGAUAGCCGUGAUGAUGACAAUAGAUCCGUCAGCUCUAUACAUACUGAGGAAGCUGACGAGACUUAUGUUGUAGAGUAAUAACUCAAUGGUGACAUUGAGCAUCAGGGUAUGCAAAACACCAAUUUCAAAGAGCUGCUAGGCAUGAAACUUUCUUUCUUGAUAAA